AUGGACGACCUUUAUGAUGAAUUUGGUAAUUACAUCGGAGACGCCGAAUCCGAUGAGGAGCAACAAGAUGUCCAACCUCAAGCCUACAAGUUUGAUGAGGCUUUCGACGAUGAGGAGGAAGAGGAAGUGAAUGACCAGCAAUUGAUGGAGGUCGAUGAUGGACCUUCCAAUGCGGUCAUCUUGCACGAGGACAAACAAUACUACCCAAGCGCACAACAGGUCUACGGCGAAGAUGUGGAAACGAUGGUUCAGGAGGAAGAUGCUCAGCCAUUAUCAGAGCCCAUCAUUGCUCCGGUCACGCAGAAGAAGUUUGCGAUCGCAGAGACCGAGCUGCCACCCGUUCACUUUUCUCGCGAAUUUAUGUCCGAUCUUUUGAACCACCCAUCACAAAUACGAAAUGUUGCAAUCGUCGGUCAUCUGCACCAUGGAAAGACUGCUUUCAUGGACAUGCUUGUGCAGCAGACACAUGACCUCACAGAGCGACUGGACAAGCGCAUUGGCCGGAGACGAGAGGAACAGCUGCGAUACACCGACGUGCAUUUCCUCGAGCGGGAACGUGGUCUUUCAGUUAAAUCGGCACCAAUGAGUCUGGUGCUCCAAGGGACAAAGGGAAAAUCUCACCUGCUCAACCUCCUUGAUACCCCCGGGCAUGUGAACUUUGUCGACGAGGUAGCAGCUUCCAUUCGCUUGGCGGAUGGUGUGGUGUUGGUUGUCGACGUUGUGGAGGGUGUGCAGGCUAACACCGAGCAAAUUAUCAAGCAUGCAGUUCUGGAGGACAUCCCCUUGACCUUGGUGGUGAAUAAGAUGGACCGCCUCAUUUUGGAGCUGAAGCUUCCCCCGAAUGACGCGUACUUCAAGCUGAAGCAUGUCAUUGAAGAGGUGAAUAGUCUGAUCGAGAGUAUCGUCCCAGGACAAGGUGAGCGGCGACGACUGAGCCCCGAGAAGGGCAACGUUACCUUUGCCUCAAGCUCCAUGAACUGGUGCUUCACUUUGCCUUCCUUUUCUCGCAUGUACGCCGACACAUACCCGAGUUUGGACUCAACAGAAUUCGCUGCUCGACUUUGGGGCGAUAUCUUCUACAAUCCUACGAGCCGCAAGUUUACUCGUAAGGGAGUGGAGGAGAAGUCGAAGCGAUCCUUUGUCAAGUUCGUUCUGGAGCCGAUUUACAAGCUUUAUUCUCAUACCCUGAGUGAAAGCCCCGAGGACUUGAAACAGACUCUGGCUAGUGUCGGUGUUCAUCUGAAGCCAUCUCAGCUUAAGACCGAUGCCAAGGAGCUACUUGGUCUUGUCUGUGAGCAAUUCUUUGGGCCUGCGUCAGGAUUUGUGGAUAUGGUUGUCCAGCAUGUUCCUUCCCCGGUGGAAGGCGCUCAGAGAACCCUGGAGCGGUACUAUACCGGGCCCCUAGACACCAAGAUUGGUGCUUCAAUGGCUGCUUGUGAUUCAGAUGGUCCCCUCGUCAUCCACGUCACCAAACUGUUCAGCAGCACCGAUGCUGGUAGCUUCAACUCGUUCGGUAGAAUUCUCAGCGGAACCGCCCGGCCCGGUCAGCAAGUUCGGGUUCUUGGUGAGGGCUACACACCCGAGGAUGAAGAAGACCAGGUCACUGCAACCAUCUCCGACACGUGGAUUGCGGAAACUCGUUACAACAUCUCCACCGAUGGUGUUCCCGCCGGUAACUGGGUGCUUCUGGGUGGCGUCGACAACUCUAUUGUCAAGACUGCAACGCUCGUCCCGCUCAAACUCGAGGAUGACGAGGAGGCUCAUAUCUUCCGCCCCAUUCGACACAUGACUGAAUCGGUGUUCAAGGUCGCUGUGGAGCCUGUGAACCCCUCGGAACUUCCCAAGAUGUUGGACGGACUCCGGAAAAUUAACAAAAGCUACCCUCUCAUCUCCACCAAGGUUGAAGAAUCCGGUGAGCACAUUGUUCUGGGUACUGGUGAACUAUACAUGGAUUGUGUGCUGCACGACCUGCGAAAACUGUACUCAGAGAUGGAAAUCAAGGUCUCUGAUCCUGUCACGCGUUUCUGUGAGACCGUGGUAGAAACAUCCGCUAUCAUGUGUUACUCGAUCACCCCGAACAAGAAGAACAAGAUUACCAUGAUCGCGGAGCCAUUGGAUGAGGGCAUUGCAGAGGACAUUGAAAGUGGCAAAGUCAGCAUCAAGGACCCGAUCCGGAAGGUUGCUCGAUACUUCGAGGACAACUAUGAUUGGGACAAGCUUGCCGCCCGAAGCAUCUGGGCGUUUGGACCCGAUGAGAUGGGCCCCAAUAUCCUCCAGGAUGACACAUUGCCCUCACAAGUAGACAAGAAGCUUCUUGGAACGGUACGGGACUCCAUCACUCAGGGUUUCAGUUGGGGUGCACGAGAAGGUCCUCUGUGUGAAGAACCCAUUCGCAACACAAAGUUCAGACUCACAGACGUGUCCCUGGCCGACCAAGCCAUCUACCGCGGUGGUGGUCAGAUUAUCCCCACUGCCCGUCGCGCUGUGUACUCUUCAUUCCUCAUGGCCUCCCCGCGUCUCAUGGAGCCUGUCUAUUCCGUGUCGAUGACUGGUCCCGCCGACUCCAUCUCGUCGGUGUACACCGUUCUCGCCCGCCGACGUGGUCACGUUCUGUCCGAUGGCCCUAUCGCCGGAACGCCUCUGUACUCUGUUCGCGGCUUGAUCCCCGUCAUUGAUUCCUUUGGCUUUGAGACCGAUCUUCGUAUCCACACCCAGGGUCAAGCCAUGGUCCACCUUGCUUUCGACAAGUGGAGCGUCGUCCCCGGCGACCCUCUGGAUCGGGAUGUCCAAUUGAAGCCCUUGGAACAAGCUUCCGCCAUGGCCACAGCGCGCGACUUUGUCUUGAAGACCAGAAGACGCAAGGGUCUCGCUGAGGAUGUUACAGUGAGCAAAUUCUUGGAGCCCGAGCUUUGGAAGGGAUUGAAGGAAAGCGGUGUUUUGGACUCAUGA